AUGUCUUUUCGCAAGAGGAAUAUAGGGCUUUCGUCUGGUGGUCCUCGCGACCCUUCUGCUAAUGCGCAACAGCCAGUGCAGCAGAUCAAGCCGGCAGAAGCUACACCCGGACUGCGCCCCUCCCCCGUCGACGGCCGCCAGACCACGUCCACAGGUACACCUACACUCGAUAACUUGCUAGCCGGCCAUGCGGGAUUAGCUCUAGGAAGCUCUUUACUGGUUGAAGAAAGCGGCACGACUGAUUUCGCGGGAGCGUUGCUGAGAUACUAUGCCGCCGAGGGAGUGGUCCAGGACCAUCGAGUUCACGUUGUGGGGUUUGAUAGGCAGUGGGCGGCGACACUUCCUGGGCUUAUUGGGGCAGCAGACGCCUCUGAGAGCAGUCCUAGCAGGAGUAAGGAGGAUAAGAUGAAGAUUGCCUGGAGGUAUGAGCGGCUCGGAGGCUUCGGGCUUGGGAUCGCUGGUUCCAGAGUACCAGCUGCAGCUACAGAAACUGCAGGCGACACCCAGCAGGCUUCUCAGGGCAAUGCGCCCGCUGUCUUUUGUCAUGCAUUCGACCUCACGAAGCGCCUUACACACCCUUCUAUGCAGUCCAUGAAUUUCAUACCACUCACGAAGCCGAGCGCCAGCACAGAUUCGCCCUACUCCGCAAUAGCCACACAGCUGUCCGAAGCCAUAGAAAGCUCAUCUCCCAAUACCGUCCACAGGCUCAUCGUCCCUUCGCUACUCUCACCCGCCCUAUACACGCCCUACGCGAGCCGGCCUGAACAUGUCCUGCAAUUUCUACACAACAUCCGAGCCCUGCUAUCCACUUAUUCGAGCCGACUGACAGCAAUGAUAACACUUCCAAUAUCACUGUAUCCUCGGUCCUCGGGGCUAGUCCGGUGGAUAGAGUUGCUUUCUGAUGGAGUAAUCGAGCUCGCUCCGUUCCCUCAUACUCUCGACCCAACUUCUUUGGCAAGCUCUGGAGCAGCCACAAACCAAGAAGAGCCGCCACAGGGGAUGCUAAAGGUACACCGUCUCCCGGUGCUGCACGAACGUGGUGGUGGUAUGGACAAAAACGUAGGCGAAGACUGGGCAUUCACGUUAAGCAGGAGGAAGUUUGCAAUCAAACCCUUCUCUCUGCCCCCCAUCGACGGGGACAACGAUGCUCAGCAACACAACGCCUCUUCUGCACCCAAAAAGGAAGACCUGGAGUUUUAA